AAGUAUUUAGUUGCUAUGUCAUUACGGAUUACACAAUGGAGAAAAAUUAAUAAAUCAGUAAUUGAUUUAUUUACUGAGACAGAUAGUACAAUAGAAACAGAUAAACAACAAAUAAAUGUUUCAGAUUAUAGAGUUCUUUCUGAAGAAUCGAUUGAGCAAGAAGUUGAAGGUGUUGAAGAAACAGAUUUUGACUCAGAUUCCAAUCUUGACUCCGCCGGAGUCUCCGAUAGUUCUGAUUCUAAUUCUUGUUUCUUGAAUCAUGGAAACUUUAUAGAUGACAAAAUAAUAAAUGGAAAUCUACGUGAAGAAUUAGCAGAAUGGGUUGUUGUAUCAUUAGAGGAAUAUGAACAGACUCUUCCAUCAAACUGGGUAAAGUGUAACAAAGUAUUUUGGCCUAAUAAAAAUGUUGAGUCAUCAAUGAAAAAAAUGUCCAAUCCAACUGAUGAUUGGUAUCAAUUCAAACUGAAAUACAUCAAGCUAACUGAUGAUGACAAAGAAGUAUGUGAAGAGUAUGGAGAUAAUGUGACAGCUGGAGAACUGGAUAACAAUGAAAUGAUGGUUAAGAGUUGUCCCAGCUUAUCUGAAAAAAGACAUGCAAUUAUUAAGUAUAUUCCAAAGCCAGUUCCACCGAAAAUGCCAAUAAGAACUGUUACGCCGGAUACAGAUGUUCCACAAAAAGCAAAAAGGAACAAUUCAAGUCAAAAAAUUUCAUCUGGUUAUACUCAAACCUCUUCUAUACAUGGUGGUUAUUCUGGACUUACUGCUUUAUCAACAGCUCACAUACCAAAGCCAUUUCUUUCAACUACUACCUCUUCUACAUGUGAUGAUUUUUCUAUACGCAAACCAACAUUAAACAGUCAGACUACUACUAGUAUGUUAGAAAGCUCAUUCACAAAUAUUUCCACCAAUUCACCUGCUGUUAUUUCUCAAUCUUAUGUUAAUUACAAUAGAAGAGAUUCUGCUUGUGCUCAGGACGAGUUAAUUAGCUCAAAAAAUCUCGAAGAUAAUGGAUUUCAACAUAUAGUAUUACGGAGGUUGGCCCAAAUAACCUUGCAAAUGAGUGAAAUAUCCAAAAAGUUAGAUGCAGUUAGUGGCACCAGAAUGAAAGAUGUUGAAGGAGAGAUAUUAAUACAAUUUGAUGAUAUAGACGCUUUAUAUGAGUUCGAUCGAAAACUUGGAGCUGACAAAAGGGUUUUUAAAAAGUUUGUUAAUCAGCUAUCUUCCAUUGGCGGUAACAAUGGUAAAAAAAGUGUUGCAAACAUGAUAAACAGGUUGAUGACAAACAGACUUCAAUCGAAGUUCAAUUUGGUUGGUUCCAAGGGAAAGGUUACUGUGAAGUUACCUAUGGAAAAGUUAAAUGUUUACAAAGCAAUAAUUGAAUCGAUUAAGCGCUGUGAGCCUAAAGCAACAGACAAAGAAACUAGGUCAUUUAUUGCCUCUUGCCUAAAAUAUGCACCUAAUCGUUUGAAUGGAGGUAAACGGAAAUCUUGCAACCACGAAAUAGAAAACGAUGAAGUUCACAAAAGCGAUAAAGAAAUAAAUCAAGGUGACGACGAAUGCGAAGUAGAAUGUGACGUUGCAUCAAACAAAAGCGGAAGUAGUAGCGAAAAAUAAAAAUAAACUAUCUUACUUUCCCCGACUUAUUAAACUUUGUAACAAAUAUUUUUUUGUAAAUUUUUUAAAUGUUAUCUUUCGAAAACGUUUAUAAAA